AUGACCAAUAUGGCCAGCCCCAUCUUGAUGUCGGGUGUAGUCCACGGCCCUCCCUAUACAGAAGGUACCCUCAGGGACCAUGAAAAUCAGAGCGGUGAAGUCACUUUCAUUCUCUUGGGCUUCUCCGAAUAUCCAGAACUCCAGGGGCCCCUGUUCCUGGUAUUCCUGACCAUCUACACGGUCACCGUGCUGGGGAACCUGGGCAUGAUCACGGUCAUCCACAUCAAUCCCAAACUCCACACUCCCAUGUACUUUUUUCUCAGCCACCUAUCUUUCGUUGAUUUCUGUUACUCUACAGCAGUUACACCCAAACUGUUAGAAAACUUGGUUGUGGAAGACAGAACCAUCUCCUUCACAGGAUGCAUCAUGCAAUUUUUCGUUGCCUGCACAUUUGUGGUGACAGAAACAUUACUGUUGGCAGUGAUGGCAUACGACCGAUUCGUGGCAGUCUGUAACCCUCUUCUAUACACAGUAGUCAUGUCUCAGAAGCUUUGUUCCCUGUUGGUGGGUGCAUCAUACUUGUGUGCUUUAGCCUAUUCUUUAACAUUCACAUACUUUUUGUUGAAGUUAUCAUUUUGUGGGACUAACUUAAUAAAUAACUUUGUCUGUGAGCAUGGUGCUAUUGUUGCUGUUUCCUGCUCUGACCCCUACAUCAGCCAGAAGAUCUUUUUAGUCUGUGCCACAUUCAAUGAAAUAAGCACCCUGCUGAUCAUUCUUACCUCCUAUGUUUUCAUUUUUAUCACUGUCAUGAAGAUGCCUUCAACUGGGGGGCGUCACAAAGUCUUUUCCACAUGUGCCUCCCACCUGACCGCCAUCACCAUCUUCCAUGGGACCAUCCUUUUUCUCUACUGUGUUCCUAACUCCAAAAGUUCCUGGCUCAUGGUCAAGGUGGCCUCUGUCUUUUACACAGUGGUCAUCCCCAUGCUGAACCCACUGAUCUACAGCCUCAGGAACAAAGAUGUGAAGGAGACAGUUAAAAAAUUAAUCAAUACUAAA